AAAUGCCAUCAUGAGUGUCUUUUAAACAGCUUUUUUUUUAAAUUAUGCGAAUUAGCUGUGAAAUAUUGGGAUAAAGCAUAUUUAGUUAGUUAGUUAAUAUUUUGUAAAGGUUGCUUUGCAAGUAUGUUACAAAGUAGCAUCAUAAAAAGAUCUUUAUCUUCUGUUUCCUUUAGAGAAGUGUGAGAGUUGGCAGCAGUUCAGCUUGUUCCCAUCCAAGUCUUCUGAGAUAAGUUAUGGUUCCUAUGAAUUCUUUGGUCUUGGUGCCACACAUGCUGGACAAGAUGGAAGUUCUUGUGAUGGCACACAAACUGCUGCUCUGAUCGAUGAUGUGCUGUUAGACUGCCGUUUGCCUUAUCUAGGUUCCUCGAGGAGGUCCAGGUCACCAUAUUCAGACAGUGAUAGCAGUCAGUACACCUCCUUCAGUGACAUCUCGGGCUCAUCCACUUUAUUUGACACGCCGUGCGUGAAGCCUGGACCUAUAGGCUCACGUGGGAGAGGAGGAGAUACUGCUGCAAUAUGUAGAAUGAAAAGCAGAGGGAUUUUCAGAUCGGGAGGUGCUGUCAACAUCCAGAGCUUUUAUUCAAACGUGCCGCCACCGGCAUCUCGUGGCACAAAGCGGAUGCUGAUGGCUCCGGUCCCUCCGAGCAAGUUUGCCAAGAAGCAGAGGGUUGAAAUGAGCAUCACAGCAGGACAGAAUUUUGCAAAGGCGAGGGACAGUCAUAUUUCCUCUUAUGGAAAGGACAUGAAGGGAAAAGAAGCUGUGGAGGAGAAGCGUGUUCGAGUCCGAGAGAAGCGAAGACGGAGAAGAGAGAAGAACUACGAGAAAUAUGGAGACAAGCACAGAUUAGCUUUCACAUGUGCCUUUUGUAAGUUUCGCACAUUUGAAGACAAAGAUAUUGAGAAGCACUUUGGAAGCACAUAUCACCACGAAAUACUUGACUACAUUCGACAACAGGCCAUGUUUGAUGACCAGGUCAUUAGCUUUCUCCAUGACUGUAUGGUGCACAAGUUUCGUAAGACAGUGUCUGCUUUGUGCAAGUUGCACAGCCUUUUGGACCAGAAAGUGAACCAGAAAGUCAUGGAAGGGGUUACUGAGGAUGACUACAUGAGGAAGGUGGAAGUGGUGCACUGUAUGGCCUGCAACAUUUACAUUCCUGCUGUCUUUACUUCUGUCCAGCAGCAUCGCCGUUCUCCUCUACACCUAAAAACCAAAGUGGUGUACAAAGAGCAGCUGAAACGGGAGAGCGUGCUGACAGCAAAAGCCAUAAUAAAUAAUGACAGUAUUAAAAUUCGCUAUGAGAAAUACAUCAAGGGAGAAGACCCGUUUGUAAUGGAUGCUAAAGCAGACACUAGCUCAGAUUCGUCUGAGCCCGAGGACGAAAAGAUGGAAGAUGAACAUUAAAAAUGGACAUGCUCUAAUGCUUGAUAUGCACGUGUUCACUCAAUCCAUGUGAUGACAUCCGACAUUAGGAACUCUGAAGCUGGCAGAUUGUGUUCUUCCUUUAUAAGUCGAGUUUAUAGCAAAUUGUGCAGUUGGAGAUGGUACCUCUUCAGUGUUGACCAUUUUUGGUUAAACUUUAACGGCAGAAUUACAGGUGUUGAUGCAUAUAAUACUGGGAUAGAGAUGGUUACUGUUAAGUAUUGUAUCUGUAUUGGAGAAUUGUGCAUGUGUGGGGCAAUGCAUUUAAAUGCAAUUAAAUUAUUCUCUCGUUAUGCUUUGUGUCUAUCUCUUCUUUCUUCCUUUGCUAGUUUCCACUCCCUCUACCCUGUAUUGAUUACCUACUUGCAUUAUAAAUGCUGUUCCAUUUCUGAGGAAGCUUUUGCA